AUGGUCGGAUUUGAUAUGCGUGGUUUGACCCCGGCUCCGGUCACCCCAUUUACUCCAGAUGGCGCAGUGGACUACGAAGCCAUCCAGCGUCUUGGAUCCUGGCUCGGUGGUAUCGAUGGAGUAAAGGGCCUUGUGGUGCUCGGUCAUGCGGGUGAAGGCACCUUCCUCACUACCGAGGAGCAGGUCUCCGUCAUUAAAGCCUUCGUCAAGUCGGUUGACAACAAAGUCCCGAUCAUUGCCGGCAUCACCAGCGAGGGCACCGAAGUUGCUGCUCUCGAGGCCAAGCGAGCCAAAGAAGCCGGUGCAGCUGCUGGACUGCUUUACCCGUCCCACGGCUGGCUGCGCUUUGGAUACCAGCCCGGUGCUCCUCAAGAUCGGUACCGCCGCGUGUAUGAAGUCUCUGGCCUGCCUUUGAUCCUCUUUCAAUACCCGGACAACACCAAGGCCACCUACAACUUGCAGACCAUGCUGGACAUUGCGGCUCAGCCCGGCUGUUUCGCCAUGAAGAAUGGCGUGCGCAACAUGCGUCGAUGGGACACGGAAAUCCCUAUCAUUCGUGCUCAACGGCCUGACCUGCAGAUACUCUCUUGCCAUGACGAGUAUCUUUUGCACACCUCCUUUGAUGUCGACGGCUUCUUGGUUGGAUACGGGAACAUCGCUCCCGAGCCUCUCAUCGAGCUCAUCAAGGCUGGAAAGGCGAAAGACUACAAGAAAGCACGGGAAAUUCACGACCAGCUACUGCCCGUCACUAAGAGCGUUUAUCAUCGUGGAUCUCACAUGGAGGGCACUGUCGCGCUUAAGCAUGCUCUCGUUGCUCGCGGAAUUCUAACUCACGCCACCGUUCGCUCGCCUCUUUUGCCCCUUGAGCCUGGUGCCGAGCAGGAGAUCCAUGCUGCUAUUAGUGCCGCAUCACUGAGUAAGGUGUCAGUAUGA